AUGAACUAUUCAGACCUAAAAAAAAUAGACAGAAAUUAUAAUUAGGCCAAAAGCGAAUGGCACAAAGAUCUUUAGAUUCCAGAAUUCAAUUAAUUAUAAACUGUAAGAAUUAAUGAAGCCUUAAGUGAAUAUGAUAAAAUUGUAUUUAUGAGUUAUUCUCGGGAGAAGCUAAGGUGUUGCAAUUCAUAAGGUUACCCUUAUUCAUACGAUUACAUAGCUAUUAACCCUGGUUUAAUUGUUUAAUUAGUGAAGUCCUUUUUUGAUAUUGAGUAAUGUGGAUCAUCCAUUCUCAGAAAUUUAAUUAAUCUUAGAUUCAACAAGUUCACAAGAUAAAUAUUUUCUGAAUAAAAUAGAUGUAUUAAAUUUUUUAAUUUUAGCAUCAACUAGAAGAAAUUAUCUGUACUUGAUAUAAUAAUUUUAGUUAAUUAUUAAAUAUUAAAAAUUUUUAUAAAAUUUAAAACAAUUAAUAACAUUAAAGAAAUUCCAAUUCUGA